GAAGCAGUAGAAAAAAACAAGGAGAAGAAACAUCUUCCAGAAAUGAAUAAUUAAUGGCCAUUUUCCAAGUCUGGAUGAAGCAUCAUGUCCUUUUGCAAUCCCACAAUGGCCUUGAGGUUUGACUCCCAGCUGAAAUGUAGUGCCCCAGUUCCAGUCCAGGGAGGGCCCUUCUCUGCUCUCCAUUUCUUUCCUCGUCCAAAUAGGGCCUUCCCUCUGCUGAGCCAAGAAUCGCUGGUGGAGACUCUGGAUGGGAGCCCUUAUGACUCAAAUGACCUCAGCCCAGGUCUCUUUGAGAGCAACAAUUCCUCCAUGCCAGAUUCACAGCUGGUCAGAAGGAUAGUUGCUCAGGUCGAGUUUUACCUCUCUGAUGAGAACUUGUCCAAGGAUGCCUUCCUCCUGAAGCAUGUGCAAAAGAAUAAGAUGGGGUUUGUGAGCAUUAAACUUCUGACAUCCUUCAAAAAGGUGAAAUAUUUAACCAGAGAUUGGCGAGUAACCCUCUAUGCUCUGCAGUUCUCAUUGCUGCUGGAAGUCAAUGAGGAAGGGACAAAGGUGAGGAGGAGAAGCCCCAUCCCAGAUUAUCUGGUGAACAUCCCUCCAAGCAAGAUGAUCCUGGCUUGGAACAUCCUUCCAUAUGAGCAAACCACCCCUGCCUCACUCUUGUUCCAGGCGACAUUUCUUGACAAGAUCACUAAGUUGUUUGGGCCAUUCGGGGAUAUUACCUCCAUUCGCAUCCUCCGGCCUGGCAAAAAGCUUCCUUCUGAUGUGAAGAAGUAUUCAUCACGGUACCCAGAGCUCUUGACCAAGUGCUGUGCCUUGGUAGAGUAUGAGAGUUUGGAGAGUGCCCGAAAGGCUCUUGAGGAGCUUGACUACAACCAGGCUGCCUCCUCUGGGGAAGGCAUAAAAGUGGUCAGCCUUUCUGGAAGAUGCUCUAAGAAGAAGAGCGUGACCAGUCAUGAAGAUAGUGAGGAGGCUGAGGAGUUGGAGAAGCCAUCUAGAAAGUGGUCUCAUGUGCUGCCGGAAGGCCUCCAACAUACCCUCGAAGACUCCUACUUUUACAGCUCUUCCACAGAGUCAGAUAGCACUCCAGUUUCUACUCCUAUUCUGCCUCGGAAUUUCUUCUCUGCUCCUGUCUGGCCCACCACCAACUUCUGCAACUCUGCUAACCAGGCCUUCAAACCAAAUUUCUUCAGCAUCCCAUAUGCAGGCCCCAUCCCACUGCACAAGACCCUGGCUUGGCCCUUCUGCCAUCCAACUCUCUCUGUACCCAAGCUGAGCAAUUGCGCUUUGGAAUCACAAAAGCCAUCUGAUUCCUGCUGGGAUACUGGGGUAGGUAGUGGGAACUUGUGGAUACCAAAACGGCGUGGACCAGCCAGCAGUCAACUCCUUACCCAGAAACCAGAGUCCUUGAGCUCAGGAGCUGCUCCUAAAAGAAUGUCUGAAUUGCUCGGUGUCCGACCCGAAGUAAUCCGCCUUCCGCAAGGGCCAGAUGGCACCAGGGGCUUCUACAAUACCAUUGGGAGGGGAAAAUUUGUCUUGAGACAUUAA